AUGGAUGAUACAAAUGGACAAGUUGUAGCUGGUGGCAAAGGCGAAGGAAAUCAAUUGAAUCAAUUGAAAUAUCCAACUGAUGUGCUAAUUGACAAAGAGACUGAUAGUCUCAUUAUAUGCGAUCGGGAAAAUCGACGAGUUGUAAAAUGGUCUCGUUGUAGUGGCACAAGCCAAGGAGAAAUACUUAUUGACAACAUCCAUUGUUGGGGAUUGUUCAUGGAUGAUCAAAGAUAUCUCUACGUCUCUGACAUCGAAAAAGAUGCAGUAAGACGAUAUCAAAUAGGAGACAAGAAUGGACUUAUUGUGGCUGGUGGAAAUGGCAAAGGUGCUGAUCUCAAUCAACUCAAGGGACCGACCUACAUCUUUGUCGAUCAACAACAGACUGUCUACGUGUCAGACAACAACAAUCAUCGUGUAAUGAAAUGGAAUAAAGGUGCAAAAGAAGGCAUUGUCGUCGCUGGAGGUCAAGGCCAAGGGCAUGCUCUGACACAAUUGUCUUGCCCUUAUGGGCUUUUUGUCGAUACGCUGAGUACCAUCUAUGUGGCAGAUUCAUUGAAUCAUCGAGUAAUGCGUUGACCUAAAGGAGAAAAACAAGGUAGUGCCAUUGUGGGUGGAAAUAGUCAAGAAACAGGAGCAAAUCAGUUGCGCUCGCCUCUUGGUUUAUCCUUCGAUCGACAAGGCAAUCUCUAUAUCGUCGAUGGCGGUUAUGAUGGAUAUGAUCGUAUUCAAUUUUUUUCAAUUCAAUAAAUUGUAUUCGAAUUGAAGCAAUUUUUUUAUUUCUCUUCAAGCGCGGGAAGCCUCACAUCAUCCGCAUGCAUCCAUCAAUGACAUAUGUUCAUGAGCCUGAAGCCCACUUGUGUUGCCACUAGUGCCCGGCGUGAUCAACUUUUUUGGUCACGGUGAGUCACUGCCCUUUUCAUGGUUUCUCAACAUGAAAAAAGAAACUUUCCAGAAAGAGCUAUUGCAAUGUGGCCUUGUCCAGUCCUUUAUGGAUUCAGUCAGAGUCCUUCCGGGAAUCGCUCUUUUUUCCUCACGGAAUGGCGAAAUCCCGUAAGAAAUGUGUAUUCACAAAAUUUCAAGAUCCUAGCAGAGUUCGAAAAAGGAUUACAUCAGGUUUCUGAACAGGUCACCAUUGUUGUUGAACUUGAAAUAAAUUAGAAAACGCGAUGUGGCUGUGGGUGUAAACAGAACUUCCACUCGUAUCAAUUGACAAGAAUAGCCACUGAUGUACUCUCUUGUUAGCUAUUGUUGCGACGCUCCUCAGUUUUAGCUGCAAAAGUUCACUGGGUCCUUAUAGCAAGAUUCCUAUCUGACUUUGCGUAAAAUUUGAUAAAAUUUUCAGAGAAUCCUCUCCAUUAUUCCUGUUAGGAUCAUAAGUAAAAUCAUGAAUGAAUCCUUCAAGGAUCCUGUACUCAUUAUUUACAAACACAUCUGGUCAGGAACGGAAAGAAAUGCUAAACAGGAUCCUGUAUAACUGGGAAAUCCUGACAUCAGGAAUUGAGUCGGAAUUCUGAGGAAAACUUGACAAGACCUUGAACAUUCAGGAUCCUCAAAGAUUCUUGCAAAAUUUCCCAAGAAAUGAAUGGGAUCGAGACUAGGAUUCUAUUUACUAUUAGAAGUGAUAAUCGAAGGAGGGUAGCUUCGCGGAGGUGCCCGUACUUCUCCUCAGAGGUUCCCAAAAUGGGGUGUGGGUGGGUGUGUGGGUGGGUGUGGGUGUGGGUGUGGGUGUGUGGGUGUGGGUGUGGCUAUGGGUGUGGGUGUGGGUGUGGAGGUGGGUGUGGGUGUGGGUGUGGGUGUGGGUGUGGGUGGGUGUGGG